GUCCCAGAAUGGACUGGCUCUGGGAGAAGACGUUGGAUUUCUGGUGCUCAUUCUUUGGCGACCACGAGCAUGAUGACUCGACUAAAGAUUCAGCACCAUCACUCACGACUUCGCCGAUACCCCAGCCUAUCAAACGCAAAUCCCGUGUGAGAUUUAGCCGCAGCACCACACGAAAACUACAACUCAACGAACUGGAACAGUUGGGCUCCACAAAUGCCUUCUUCAAUUUCCUGCUCGCCCAGCGGAUUCGGCAAGUGGGCUUGCUGGGUCUCAACUACCUGGAUGUGUUGAAGUCCCACCGGCUAAUUUCGGGGCAACACAUAUGGCACUCUAUGAAUGAGAAGGAGCGGAGGCCCUACCUAAAAUUGGCCGAAAGUAUUCGGCAGCAUGAGAUGGAAACCUUUCAGGAUAGAAGGAAACUUGAUGAAAUCGGCUACCAAAUGUAUGCGUGCCAAAAAAGAGCCAAGAUCGCUGAGAACUCGGAACGCAUAGCGCCAAGAGAUCGGGAGACGCAACUGAGGAGAGACCUGAAAACGAAAUCGCUUGGAGAACGUUCCCCCAAAGCGACUAAGAUCAGUUGAAGGUGGCGCGUUGCGCUCGACGGUUGUCGCUAUUCUGGUUCUCGCUCUGGGUAGUCUGGCCUGGCGCAUAAAGACGCGAUAUCGGUCAAGUUCAGACGAAGACGACGACGACGCUACGAUCAGUCAAUUAGCCUCGCCGUGAGGGCGCGUGAAAUUCACUUUUAAAUUUCCCGAACUCGAUUUUCAUAUACAACACAGAUCCGCAGAUCGCUUUUGUUACGAAUCUCGCGUGUGCGCUUGUUUGAAAAGGAAUUUGUCACAGUGCCAAAAGAUGAGCAUCUCGGCGGUGGAUCGCAAAGAGCAGGCUAGUGUGGGCAACGCUCUGGGUAGGCGCUAUGGGCAGCUGCUCCGUGGAGCCAAGUACACAGAUUGUGUGUUCCACGUGUGCGAGGAGCAGGUGAAGUGCCACAAACUCAUCCUAUGCUCCGCCAGUCCUGUUUUCGAGGCCAUGUUCUUUGGUCCAAUGCAAAACCACGAGCCCGAGCCGGAGAUCGAAAUACCCGACAUAAGUGCAGCCAUCUUUAAGGUGCUGGUGGAGUACAUCUACACGGGCGUCGUUGACUACAAUGGUCUGGAGCUGGUGGCCUGCAUAGAGCUGUACUACGCAGCUGAGAAGUAUCUGCUGGAGGAGCUGAUCGCCGACACGCUAAUGGCCAUCACCCGCAAGCUGCGCUUCGCCAACAUCCUGCCCGCUCUGGAGCUGAGUGUUUGCAUGGGCCUCGACGGGCUGCUGGAGGUGUGCAUGACCUUUUUCAUGCGAUGCUGUGUUAAUAAUGGACAGUAUAUGAGCCACCUUAAGGAGCACUAUGUGCACGUGUCCAAGGAGUGUGUGAAGGCCAUCAUAGCGGCGUGUAAGGAGCCGCACAAGCUGCUCAUCUGGUAUGUUUACGAGUGGACGCGCCAGGAGUGCGAGCAGCUGGGUCUGGGCCCCAGUGAUGCCGACUUAGUAGUGCACGACUUGGGUGGCAAGACAAGUGAUUGGCCAGCGGCUGCGGGUGCUAAUGACUUGGAGUCACCUGCUCUUACUCCGGUGGUGUCGCUGGAGCGCUGCUAUUACAAGGCCUGUCGGCCCUUCACAGUGGAUGCAGAAUCUCCGGUAUUUCGCCUGCGUCUUAAAUGCGCUAGGUUUAUCUCAUUGACGGGCUUGGUCCUGAACAGCAGGCUGACCCCCAACCGAUUGGGUCACGUCCAGCAGCUGGAGUACCGCGAAUCGCUGCGCCUAGAUCUAUGCGAGGUGCCCGCCGAAAGCGAUGGUCCGGCCACAGCACCCGUGUGGAGCCAUGUUAUCCAGGGGCAGAGCACGAAGUACAACUGCGACCUGCAUCUUGGCUGGCGUCGCGAAGAGGCCUGCGUGCUCAAUCCGGAGCUGACCUAUGAGCUGCAGAUCCGCUGGGACACCAGUGCCUACGGGGCGGAGUAUCCGUGCAGCCUGCAGUCCUGCCAGGCGGACGGAAUCCGGUUCAUCGACGAGGACAGCUUUAGCGGAAGUCUCGUCAAGGGACUGCGGUACGCCAACCUGGUGUAAGCGCUUCAGCCACGAUACGCGAUACCCCCAAAAUUAGUUAGUUCGUAAGACGUGAAUGUAUUUAUUGCCCUAAGUUAAUGUACGCCGCCUCAGAGUUCAAUAAACUGUGAGUAAGAUCGCUUCAAACACAA